AGCUGCCCGUGUGAUUACUACUGCUUCAAUUCCUUACUUUUUUCGUCAAUCAGAGCAUUUCAAACUCCAAUGACGGAAUACGAGCCCAUUCCAGGGCCGCCAGGCCUGCCAAUUUUGGGUAAUAUCGGUGAUAUUGAUCCCGCAAACCCUAUGCUGUCUUUCAGUCGCUUGACUGAUACAUAUGGCCCCAUCUGGAAAUUUAACGUCAGAGGAGACCGCGUUGUGAUAGCUUCGCAAGCUUUAAUGCGCGAAGUUGCCGAUGAAUCGAGAUUCAAGAAAAUUGUAGCGGCUGCCUUGGGCCAAGUGCGGAAUGGCACCCAUGAUGGUCUCUUCACAGCCUACGGGCCUGAGGAGAAGAAUUGGGGCAUUGCACACCGAGUCUUGCUCCCUGCUUUGGGACCCCUGGCCAUCAGGAACAUGUUCAACGAGAUGCACGAUAUCGCUUCUCAAUUGGUCAUGAAAUGGGCCCGUCAGGGCUCCGAUACAAGAAUCCACGUGACGAAUGAUUUCACAAGACUGACUUUGGACACGCUUGCGCUGUGCGCCAUGGAUUACCGUUUCAACUCGUACUACUCGGAGCAGAUGCAUCCUUUCGUUGAGGCCAUGGCAGAUUUCCUCAAAGUCAGUGGAGACCGAGCGCGUCGGGACGGCAUUACCCAACUUUUCUACCGGACCGAAACAGCACAGUAUUGGGAAAAUAUUGAGCUUAUGAGGAAAACCAGCGAGUCCGUCAUUACGAAACGCAAGCAGAACCCUACCGAGAAGAAAGAUUUGUUAAACGCUAUGCUGAAUGGUGUGGAUGCUAAGACAGGAGAGAAGAUGAGCGAGUCUAGUAUCAUUGACAAUAUGAUAACCUUCUUGAUCGCUGGUCACGAAACCACUUCUGGGUUAUUGUCAUUUGUGUUUUACUUCCUUCUGAAGAACCCACAAGCAUACAAGAAGGCACAAGACGAGGUCGAUCAAGUAAUUGGCAAAGGAGCAAUCACAGUCGACCAUCUCACAAAAAUUCCUUACAUUAACGCAGUUCUUCGCGAAGCCCUCCGAUUGCAGCCUACAGCCCCAUCUAUUGGCCUUCAAGCUAAAGAGGAUUCUGUUCUUGGCGGAAAGUACGAGGUCAAAGCCGGCGUGCCCAUCCUUUGUCUUUUGGCGAAGCUUCAUCGCGACCCUGUUGUAUGGGGUGAAGAUGCCGAAGAAUUCCGACCGGAGAGGAUGCUCGACGAGGAGUUUGAGCGACGCAACAAAGAGUACCCCGACAACUGGAAGCCCUUUGGUAGUGGCAUGAGAGGCUGCAUUGGACGGCCAUUUGCCUGGCAAGAAGCACUGCUGGUAGUGGCUAUGCUCCUCCAAAACUUCAACUUUACCUUGGACGAUCCGGCAUACCAACUCCACAUCAAACAGACGUUGACGAUCAAACCGGAUGAGUUUUAUAUGCGAGCCUCCCUUCGCGAUCACAUGUCGGCAACUACUCUCGAGAGGGCCCUCGCAUCUGCCAGCCUGGACGAGCCGACUGGACAGACGCAGACUACGACAAGCAAAAAGACUGCUCAAGGGAAACCCUUGGCCGUCUACUAUGGCUCGAACAGUGGAACUUGCGAAGCCCUCGCGAACCGUAUCGCGAGCGAUGCUGGUAAUCACGGGUUUACUGCCGUCACAAUCGAUGUUCUCGAUAAAGCCAAGGAGAAUCUCCCCACUGACAAAGCUGUCGCUAUCGUCACCGCGUCUUACGAAGGUCAACCUGCAGACAACGCUGCUCACUUCUUCACUUGGCUCGACGGGUUGAAAGGCUCAGAGUUGGAUAAGGUUACGUACGCCGUCUUUGGAUGCGGCCACCGGGACUGGGCCACGACAUUCCACAAGGUUCCCAAAGCGAUUGAUGAAAUUAUGGCGGCAAGAGGUGCUGACAGGCUGGUGGAGAUUGGGACUGCUGACGCUUCUCAAGGUGACAUCUUCACUGAUUUUGAAGCCUGGGAGGAUAAGGUGUUUUGGCCGGCCAUGAAGGAGCGAUAUGGUAUUUCCGACGCUGUUGAUGGCGUCUUCGAAGCGACCUUUGACGUUGAUGUAUCGACACCCCGGUCUACAAUGCUUCGACAGGAUGUGCAAGAAGCAAAGGUUGAAGCCGUCGAGGUUCUUUCCGCCCCUGAUGUUUCUGAGAAGAGACACAUCGAGAUUAGCUUGCCAUCAGGCAUGCAAUACUCAGCAGGAGACUACCUAGCCAUCCUCCCCAUCAACCCCAAAGAAAACGUCGCUCGAGCUAUGCGACACUUUGGCCUCGCCUGGGACAGCGCACUCACGAUCACUUCCUCCAGCCCUACAACCCUCCCCUCAAAUGCCCCAUGCCCAGCCUCAGACAUUUUCGGCGCAUUCGUCGAGCUCGCCCAGCCAGCCACCAAGCGGGACCUCACCUCUCUCAUCGGCGCUACAUCCGACGAGCCCACCAAAAAAGAACUCACCCAUCUCCGCGACGAAGCCCUCGGUCCAGAAAUCACCGAGAAGCGCGUCUCUGUCCUCGAUCUCCUGGAGCGCUUCCCCACAGUCCAACUCCCUCUAAAAACAUUCCUACAACUCCUUCCCCCAAUGCGAGUCCGCCAAUACUCAAUCUCCUCCUCCCCGCUCUGGAACCCCUCAAACGUAACCCUCACCUACGCCGUCGUCGACCAGCCCGCCUACAGCGGCCAAGGCCGUUUCGUCGGCGUCGCCUCCUCGUACCUCUCGAGCCUCGCUCCGGGAGAUAAACUGCACGUCUCAGUCCGCAGCUCGCACCAAGCGUUCCACCUCCCCAAGGACGCAAAGAACGUCCCAGUCAUCAUGGUCGCUUCUGGAACGGGCCUCGCGCCCUUUAGAGGGUUUAUCCAAGAACGCGCUGCACAGCUCGCGGCUGGAAGGCCCCUCGCGCCCGCAAUGCUGUUUUAUGGUUGUCACGGUCCGAAUUCAGAUCUGUUGUAUGCGGAUCAGUUGCAGCGCUGGGCUGAUAUGGGGGCUGUGUCUCUGCGUCCUGCGUUCUCCCGCGCACCGGAGGAGUCAGAGGGAUGUAAGUACGUGCAAGACCGCGUAUAUCACGACCGUGUGGAAGCUAAGGCGUUGUUCGACGCGGGGGCGAAGUUGUUCGUGUGUGGGAGUGGGGAGGUUGGAAAGGGGGUUGAGGAGGUUUGUUUAAGGAUUGCGAGGGAGAGUAAGAUUGAGAGGGAUGGAGGGGAGGUUGAUGAGGAGAAGUUGAGGGCUUGGUGGGAGGGGCUGAGGAAUGAGCGGUUCGCUACUGAUGUUUUCAACUGAGUGGGAUGAAUUCAGGCUUGGAUGGAUGGAUGGACGGUAGAUGGGAACAUUUCCAUGGUAUUUCUUUUAGAUUCCCCGUGACAGAUGAUGGGAUACAAUCGAGUUUCUCCUUUCUUUCUAUCUCGAGUCGGUCUUCUUAUUGCCUCGCCUUUCUGUCUGUGCU